CCUUUGAAUAUUAUUAGAAUGUAUACCAGAAACAAGCAUGGCGAUGGGUCUGCUUCCUUCUCCAAAUCCUGUCAUCAUUGAAUGUAAUGUUGCAGAGGUAGGUAAACAUUAAGCAAUGGUUCCACAGGCAUAAUAAUAUCCCAAAAAGGAAAUAGUGAAAAAGAAAUGGCGUCUCUAUCUUCACAACCAUCCAAGAAGGCUUUACGUACUCCUGGAGGGUCGAGUGGUUCCCAGGGAAAUCGUUCUUCAAGUGGGCAAACGGUGAAAUUUGCCAGGAGGACUUCGAGCGGAAGAUAUGUUAGUCUUUCACGUGAAGACCUUGACAUGUCAGGAGAGAUAUCAGGUGACUACAUGAACUACACCGUACACAUUCCUCCCACCCCUGAUAACCAGCCAAUGGAUUCCUCUGUCGCCGUAAAAGCUGAAGAGCAGUAUGUCUCCAAUUCUCUUUUUACUGGCGGAUUCAACAGUGUAACCCGUGCACAUCUCAUGGACAAGGUCAUUGAAUCUGAAGUCACACAUCCUCAGAUGGCUGGAUCCAAAGGCUCUUCUUGUGCAAUGCCUGCUUGUGAUGGCAAGAUCAUGAAGGAUGAAAGAGGAAAUGAUGUCAUCCCUUGUGAAUGCAGGUUCAAAAUUUGUAGGGAUUGCUACCUUGACGCCCAAAAGGAGACGGGUUUAUGUCCAGGCUGCAAGGAGCCUUAUAAAGUUGGAGAUUAUGAUGAUGAAGUUCCUGAUUUCUCUAGUGGAGCUCUGCCAUUGCCUGCGCCAAAUAAAGAUGACCGCAACAACAUGUCAAUGAUGAAAAGAAACCAAACUGGCGAAUUUGAUCACAACCGCUGGUUGUUCGAAACGAAAGGUACUUACGGCUAUGGUAAUGCCUUCUGGCCUCAGGAUGACAUGUACGGCGAUGAUGACGAUGAUGGAUUCAAAGGCGGCAUGGUUGAAAAUAUGGAUAAACCGUGGAAGCCCCUCAGUCGCAAAAUGACAAUGCCAGCAGCAAUUAUGAGUCCCUACAGAUUGCUGAUACUGGUUCGACUGGUGGUGCUCGGAUUCUUCUUGAACUGGAGAGUUAACAAUCCAAAUGAAGAUGCAAGAUGGUUGUGGCUUAUGUCAGUGGUCUGCGAAAUAUGGUUUGCGUUCUCCUGGAUCUUGGAUCAGAUUCCCAAACUUUGCCCUGUCAAUCGUUCCACUGACCUUGAGGUUCUUCGCGAUAAGUUUGAAAUGCCAUCACCAUCCAAUCCCAGCGGACGCUCUGAUCUCCCUGGUGUUGAUUUGUUUGUGUCCACUGCUGACCCUGACAAAGAGCCGCCCCUUGUAACUGCCAAUACUAUCCUUUCAAUUCUAUCAGUAGAUUACCCUGUGGAGAAGAUAGCUUGCUAUAUAUCUGAUGAUGGAGGUGCACUCCUUACUUUUGAGGCAAUGGCUGAGGCUGCAAGCUUUGCUGAUCUGUGGGUUCCUUUUUGCCGAAAACAUAAUAUUGAGCCAAGGAAUCCUGAAACCUACUUCAGCCUAAAAGUUGAUCCAACGAAGAACAAGAGCAGGACUGAUUUUGUGAAAGACAGGAGAAGAAUAAAGCGGGAGUACGACGAGUUCAAGGUGAGGAUCAAUGGGCUCCCAGAUUCAAUCAGGAGAAGAUCAGAUGCUUUUAAUGCAAGAGAGGAGAUGAAAAUGUUGAAGCACAUGAGGGAGAGUGCAGCUGAUCCUAUGGAGCCUAUAAAGAUCCAGAAAGCUACAUGGAUGGCAGAUGGCAGCCACUGGCCUGGAACUUGGGCCUCCCCUGCUCCUGAACAUUCCAAAGGUGACCAUGCUGGAAUUCUUCAGGUGAUGCUUAAGCCUCCUAGCCCUGACCCACUUAUGGGAGGUGCAGAUGACAAGAUAAUAGACUUCACGGACGUUGAUAUACGCCUUCCUAUGUUUGUAUAUGUCUCGCGUGAAAAGAGGCCAGGCUAUGACCAUAACAAGAAAGCUGGCGCAAUGAAUGCCUUGGUACGAGCUUCUGCCAUUCUGUCCAAUGGCCCUUUCAUUCUCAAUUUGGACUGUGAUCAUUACAUCUACAACUGUAAAGCCAUCAGAGAAGGAAUGUGCUUCAUGAUGGACAGAGGUGGCGAAAACAUCUGCUACAUACAGUUUCCCCAAAGAUUUGAAGGCAUUGAUCCCUCUGACAGAUAUGCUAAUCACAAUACUGUGUUUUUUGAUGGACAAAUGCGUGCCCUUGAUGGUGUGCAGGGUCCAGUUUAUGUGGGAACUGGUUGCAUGUUCAGACGGUUUGCACUAUAUGGGUUUGAUCCGCCAAAUCCUGACAAGUAUGAGCAGAAGAGCAAUGAUGCUGCUGAAACACGUCCGCUGACAGCCACAGACUUUGACCCUGAUCUUGAUUUGAAUCUACUGCCCAAGCGGUUUGGAAACUCUACAAUGCUGGCUGAAUCUAUACCAAUUGCUGAGUACCAAGCCCGGCCCCUUGCUGAUCAUCCUGCUGUUAAGUAUGGACGUCCCCCGGGAGCUCUAAGGGUUCCACGCGAACCGCUUGAUGCAACUACAGUUGCUGAAUCUGUCUCUGUCAUUUCUUGCUGGUACGAGGACAAGACCGAAUGGGGUGACCGGGUGGGAUGGAUUUAUGGUUCAGUCACAGAAGAUGUGGUAACAGGCUAUCGUAUGCACAACCGUGGAUGGCAUUCUGUCUAUUGUGUAACCAAGCGUGAUGCAUUUCGUGGAUCAGCUCCAAUUAACCUCACAGAUCGACUCCACCAGGUGCUUCGCUGGGCAACAGGCUCCGUGGAAAUUUUCUUCUCUAGAAACAACGCCUUUCUUGCCUCGAGGAAGCUCAAGUUACUUCAGCGCCUUGCCUAUCUUAAUGUUGGCAUCUAUCCGUUCACCUCUAUGUUCCUGAUAGUCUACUGCUUCCUCCCGGCGCUCUCCCUUUUCUCAGGAUUCUUCAUUGUGGAAACACUGAGCAUUACAUUUUUAGUCUACCUCCUAACUAUAACUGUUUGCCUCAUCAUGCUUGCUAUCCUUGAGUUGAGAUGGUCGGGUAUAGGGUUGGAAGAAUGGUGGAGGAACGAACAAUUCUGGCUCAUUUCCGGAACCAGCGCUCACUUUGCUGCUGUUGUACAAGGUCUUCUUAAAGUGAUUGCAGGGAUUGAAAUAUCUUUCACUCUGACUUCCAAGUCUGCAGGAGACGAUGUAGACGACAUUUUUGCAGACUUGUAUAUUGUGAAAUGGACGUCAUUGAUGAUUCCACCAAUUGUCAUUGCCAUGACAAACAUAAUUGCUAUAGCCUUUGCAUUUAUAAGGACGGUAUACAGCACAGUUCCACAAUGGAGUAAGUUCAUUGGUGGAGCUUUCUUUAGCUUCUGGGUGUUGGCCCAUCUGUACCCUUUCGCCAAAGGUUUGAUGGGAAGGAGAGGGAAGACACCAACAAUUGUGUUUGUCUGGUCUGGUCUCAUUGCAAUCACACUGUCUUUACUAUGGAUUGCCAUCAGCCCACCUCAGGCGGCAACAAAUGCAGAUGGCACUGGGUCAGGAUUUCAGUUCCCAUGAGCAGAAGAAAAAAUAUGGUGAAAAACAGACAGGGAAUUUCUAGCAUUGCAAACCUACUCAAGAAAUCUCCAACUCAGGUCUAACAAUCAGGGUAGUAAAAUGAAGUUUUUGCAAGUUUUCUCUUCUAAAAAAUGAUCGAAAAUAGGCAACCUGCUAGGUUGGUUGGUGGGGGUUGGGGUGGGGGCUGGGCUUUGACAGAGAAGGGGUUCUGAUGGACAGUGGAAGAGACGCAGACAAAAGGCUAAUUUAUUGACGAGCAAAAUUGAUGCAUUAGGGUGUGUAAACUGAACAUUAUCUUAAUUGUACUGGUGAUUGUUGAAUGCUAAAACAUUGGCAUAGCAAAAGAAUGAGCAUUCUCAGUCCUAACUGACAAUGACAAUCAAAAUCUCAUUUGUCAGCAUGUCAAUUAGAGGAAUGGCCCAAAUUUAUCAUU